AUGACCUCUACCGAACGCGGCAUAUGCCGCGAAUUCAAAAGGAGCAGGGAGGCACUGGAGAGAUUGCUGAGAGACCCGGAGCGCGCCCUCCUCAUGUCUGAAGAAGAAAAGGAGGAAUGCUUCAUCUCCGAUCAAUACGUGUCCCGGCAUUUGAAGAAAAUGGUCGAUCUCAUGUUCCGGUAUCACGCGCCCUCGGUCAUCUUCGCGACGACGUCGUCUCUUAUUAACAUCAUCGGACGCAAGGGCAUUUUCAAGAAGCAUAUGGCACGCUUCACAGUGCUAAUCGGAGACGAAGCAUCGCAGAUCCCUGAGCCGGUGGUGGUGACGUUCGCUAUGCUACUUCCUUGGGUACGUCAGGUUUACAUCGGCGACGUACACCAGUUGGAACCGCACGUCUCAGGCCCUGCAAACUCUAGCGUCGCGAUCUACGGCGCUCGUAGCACCAUGAAGAUCCUCACGGAUGCUCGAGCCGUCCUUGUCGCUCCUCUCCGCACGACCUUCAGAUCCCACCCCGCGCUGAUCGAGCUCCCGAAUCGGGUAGCGUAUGAAGGAUCGUUGGUGUCGGGAGUGAGAGCUGAAGAUCGAGGCGCAGGUGUGCUGGAACCUGGUCAACCACCUGAUGGAGAAGGGAAUCCAACCGGCCGAUAUCACGGUCAUCGCCUUUUAUCGGGAACAAUACCGUCAGAUGCACGCGCAUGCCCGCUCUCUCGACAUCGAAAUGGCUACGGUUGA